AUGAUUAAAAAAAUAUUAUGCAAUAAGCAAUUGUAUUAAUUUUGUGUUGAAAUCAAAUAACCCAAAUCCAAAAAGGGACGAAAUAUUUUGUUAUUCCUGCUUGGUUUAGGAUUUGUAGAUCAAAUGACUAAAUAUAGAGACUAUAUGUCGAAUAUAUUUUUAGGUGAAUAAGAAUUGGUUGAUCUCCAAAAAAAAAAACAAAUAGAAGUGGACAAGAAAAUAUUAAAAUAUCAUGAAGUUAAUGCAAAAAGAAACUAAGUUAAGUAAACAGUUGUAAUUAUUGGUGGAGGCAUCAUAGGAUUGAGUCAAGCAUUAAAAUUAUUAUAAAAUGGUUAUCAUGUGACAUUAAUAGAAAAGGAAUAAUUUGUCUCAACCAAAUGCAGUGCUUUUAAUGGAAAUAUUUACAAUCCAUACUUAUUCAAUCCGCUAAUAUCCAAAUAUUCAAUAAAAACUAUGUUUGAUAAUUAUCUCAAUCCCACUGAUACAGCAACUCAAAGAUUCAGUUUUAACUGUCUUCUAGAACCAGGAGCCUUCGUAUGGUUAUUUAAUGCAUUAAGGCUGAGUACAUCUGAUCAAUAAUUUGAUAAAUCAAUUCAAGAAAUGACUAAGUUGGGGGAGAUUUAGGAAUAGGAAUUUGAAAAAAUCAAAAAAUUGGGUUUGCUUGAUAAUCAAUUAACUGCUAAAGGUGAAUUGAGUUUCUAUAAAUCUGCAGAAUACGGAAAACGAAUUAGUCAAUCAUUUAAAUAAGCAGGAAUUGCAUUUGCAGAGGUGGAUAAAACUGAAUAUAAUGAGCAUGAACUUGAUAAGCAAUUAUUUAAUAAUUACCCUUAUGUUAUUAGAUUAGAUAAAGAAAAUAAUUUAGAUACGAAAUAAUUAUCAAUAAACACUUUGAAGUAUUGUUAAAAACAUUACCCUCAAGAAUUUACUAUUCUUUAUGGAACAGAGUUUAAUGAAUUCAUUAUAAAUUAUAAUAGAUAGGUUUUUGGAAUAAAUACUAAUAAAGGUAUCAUAUGUGGAAACAAAUUUAUAAUUUGUGCUGGAUUGCAUAGUAAAUAAAUAGCCAAAAAGUUGGGUGCAACUUUGCCUAUCAUGCCUUGUAGAGGAUGGGUUAUUGAAUCUGAAUUGCCUGAAUUUGCCAAGGGAUCUGUCUUAGAUUAAAUGGUACUUAAAUUGCCCACUCUAUCCAUCACGAAUCUUAAUAAUAAGUUAAGAAUUUCAGGUUGUCAACUCAUAGACAAAGAAUAUAAAUCAGAUGAUCCUAUUAAUGAAUGGGGAGCUUAGAUUCUGAUUAAGUAGAUGAAAGAGCAGUUUAAUGUAGAUUUGGAUCCAAAAUCCAUUUCAGUUAGGGAUUGCUGCAGACCCUUGACUCCAGAUGACAAAAUUAUACUGAGUAAAUUGUAGCUAAACAAAAACGUGUUUGUGAAUGCAGGACAUGGUUCUAGAGGAAUGAGUCAAUGUCAUGGUUGUGCAGAGAUUAUCUACUAAUUAAUGAAGGGAAAAUAAAAAGCAGAGUAUGCAGCCUUUGAUUUAAGCAGGUUUUUAUUUGUUUGA